UUUCCACUUCACCAGACAGAACCCCAAUUUCCCCAUUCCUUUCUCAAAACCCUAACAAAAUUUCUUGAAUCAAAUUGCUGUUUCUCUGUACAAAGAUUUCAAGAAUUUCAUGGAUUACUUCUGAAAACUCUUUUUCUUGAACCCUAACUCUUUCUUUCUAUAGACAAAAUUCCCCCAUUUUGUUUCCAUCACCAUUUCUUGGACCCUAACAAGUUGCUGUUUCUCAGUAUGAAGAUUAAUAGGGAUUCCGUCAUGGAUUCUUUCACCAAACUACCACUCGAGAUCGCAUUAGAGAUUUUAACCCGUGUACCAGUGGAAACGGUGCUUGAUUGCAAAUCAGUCUGCAGAAAUUGGAGAAAGAUUGUUGAUAUUGCUUCUAAGGAUCAAUCAUUCAUUCAGGCGCAUUUGUAUCAUCUCAAUCACCCAUCUGCUGCCGAGGAUUCUUGUAAGUUGGGAUUUCUUGCUUUAACUGAGAGAGGAUAUUACUAUUUUGAAUAUAAUGAUGAGUUAACAGAACAGAUUGAUGAAAGAGAGAUUAAUACAACAGAAAUUGGUAAUGGUUCUUUGUUUGUUGGUUCCUGUAAUGGGUUAAUCUGUCUUGCUCGACAGUACAAUGAAAGACCUAUUUGUGUUUAUAACCCUUUAACCAAAGAAUAUGUUGUGCUUCCUGAAAUUAUAGACCCAUUUGAUAAUCCUCAUGAGUUUGAUGAUUGGUCGUUCGGAUUUGGUUACGUUUCUGCAACAAAUGAGUACAAAGUUGUAGGGAUAUAUGAGUCGAAGUCCAACUUUUUGGAAGUCUACGUAUACACUCUAGGCACUAAUGAAUGGAGAGACCUUGGAAGAAAUUUCAAUCUGGAAUUCAGCUCUUCCGAUUAUAAGAAACUUGGUAGCUUUGCCAAUGGAGCUCUUUAUUGGAUUGGCGGCGUGGUAAAUAAGAUUGUGACCUUCGAUUUGAUUGAGGAAAAGUUUUGCCAACAUCUCACACCUCCUCCUUUGCCACCAAACACGAAAUUGGUUGAUCAGACAAUAGGGGUCUUAGAUGGGUUGUUGUAUAUUGCUAUAUAUGACCAAGGAGAUGAACUUUAUGACAUAUGGGUACUAAAAAGUAAGAAUGAUAAUCACGUCAAGAAAAAGGGAGAGAAACACCAAUUGCUGGGUUGGAGUAAAGAGUUAAGGGUUGAUGAAGCUGAAUUACUAGCCGUUACGAAGAGUGGGGGUGUUUUAACUUACAAUAGUAAUUAUGAAUAUGUCAACCUUUACGACACAAAAGCUUCAACCUCGGAAGUGCUUUGGGAUUUGGAUUACGAGGUUCAGCUAGUAUUCCCUCACAACUACACCUUUGUGUCGUUGAAAGAAUUAGGGGAAGAAGAUACCAAAUAUAUCCCUCAAGCCAGUUAAAGGAGGCAGAAAGCUGUGAUUCUCCUUUCUAGCAGCUACAGGAGGAUGUAAACCCUGAGUACAUACUACUGGUGUGCUCUUGGGGAGCUUACACCUUUCUUAUUGACCUCAUCCGACUGCACGUGCUUCUGUGCAUUGCAACUGGUCGUUACUCUUCUCGGCUGUAUGUUGCGUAUUCUUUGUCUGGGCCGCUACUGGAACAGCUCCUAUCGUUCUAGGUUCUCAGUCACAUGAUGGACUUCAUGUUUUCGACAAGCUUAUGCUUUGUUAAGCCAUAACAGCAUUUCAUCCGAUGCACAAUAAAAAAAGAGUGAAAGAAAAAAAAAGAAGACAUAAAUCAGAACCCCAUCAGGAGCUUGGGCUUUUGGACGGACAGAUGUUUACUUUUUCUGACAGCUAGAUGUUUACUUCUCCACUCUAUACGCGCCCUGACGCUGUCUCCAUGGUUCUUCUUAGCACACUUGCUCCCCCCUUGCUUCAGUUUAGCAAUCUUGUUCCCUGCUGCCUUUUCUUGUCUUUCCUCGCAAUGUAAUUUCCUUUUAGCAGCUUCAACUAUUUUGGGCUCCUGAAUUACAUCAUCAUCUUGAUUUUUAUAAGAAAGGUUUUGAUACAUAUCGGUCCCUGGGAUCUUUCUCACCCUAAGCCUGAGAAUGCAUCUUUCUUUGGGUUCCGUUUGU